UAAGCAGCAAGUAGCUAGUUUACCAAAAUCGAGGAAAACUAUGCCUCUGCACUCGCUCUACUACUCUUUGUUGCUUUGUGGGCUUAUUAUUAUGAGCCUUGCCUUUUCUUUGAAAAAAGCAGCAGUAGCAACACCUACAAGAGGCUGCUCGGAAGUGGAACGGGACGCCCUGCUCGACUUCAAAGCCAACGUCAAAGACCCUUCCCACCGUUUGGCCUCCUGGUCUCCACAGAUAGACUGCUGCAAAUGGAGUGGCGUCGUAUGCAAGACGACCAACAACGCAACUUUGUUUGGAGGCCACCGUGUGGUGGAGCUCAACCUUCAAAAUCCAAAUGUUGAUAAUGAGCAAAUUUUCCAUACGGCUCUGCGAGGUGAGAUACUGAGUCCUUCUUUGUUGAACUUGACUCGGUUAGAGCGGUUGAAUCCAAGUGGGAACGACUUCGAAGGAGCUCAAAUUCCACAAUUCAUUGGCUCAUUUUUGAAUCUAAAGUAUCUUGAGCUUUCUUGGUCCAAUUUUUCUGGAGUCACUCCUUCUCAACUUGGCAAUCUGACGAGCUUUUAUCAUCUCGGGCUGCAGUCAACUGGAUGGUAUGCAACUCCAAUUGCCCAUCAUUUGGAUUGGCUCUCAGGGCUCUCUUCUUUGAGGUACCUCGACCUUACCCAAGUGAAUCUCAGUGCAGUCUCUCAAAAUUGGUCGUCGGAGGUCAACAUGCUGCCUUCCCUGCAAGAAUUAUAUUUGUACGGCUGUGAUCUUAAUCACAUCCCCUCUUCAUUUAAUUCUCAUCUCAAUCUCACUUCUCUCGAAAUUCUUGACCUGGAAGCCAAUCCCUUCUACUCCUCCUCCUCCUCCUUGCCCAAUUGGCUGUGGCGACUCACUAAUCUCUCAUUGCUUAGAAUUGAUGCCUCAGGACUGAUACCUGCUGGAAUGAGUAACUUAACUAGACUAAUUCAACUUCAUAUUUCUGGCAACGUAUCUAGUCCCCUACCUGUUGAAAUCUGGAGUCUUAAUCAUCUAAUACUACUUGACCUUAGCAACAAUAAAAUGCUAACGGAUCCUAUACCCGCAGAAAUUGCAAAUUUAAGUAGUCUACAAUCAUUAUUUCUGUAUGAGUGUUCAAUUAAUGAUCAAAUACCUUCUGAAAUGGGAAACUUGAAUAAUCUAACAACACUCGACCUUUCUUUUAAUUCACUUUCGGGUCCCAUACCUACUGAGAUUGGGAACUUGACUAGUCUAAUAAAUCUUGACCUUUCUUUUAAUUCACUUUCGGGUCCCAUACCUACUGAGAUUGGGAACUUGACUAGUCUAAUAAAUCUUGACCUUUCUUCUAAUUCAUUUUUGGGUAUACCUACUGAGAUUGGGAGCUUGACUAAUCUAAUAAGUCUUUACCUUUCUUCUAAUUCACUUUCGGGUCCCAUACCUAUUGAGAUUGGGAAACUUUCCAAGUUACAAGUUUUAUUUCUUUCCAAUUGUUCACUUAAUGGUCAAAUACCUUCUGAAAUUGGAAACUUGACUAGUUUAAUAAGACUCGACCUUUAUUAUAAUUCACUUUCGGGUCCCAUACCUACUGAGAUUGGAAAACUUUCCAAGUUACAAGUUUUAUUUCUUUACAAUUGUUCACUUAAUGGUCAAAUACCUUCUGAAAUUGGAAACUUGACUAGUUUAAUGAGACUCGACCUUUCUUAUAAUUCACUUUCGAGUCCCAGGAAACUUUCCAAGUUACAAUAUUUAUUUCUUUUGAAUUGUUUGCUUAAUGGCCAAAUACCUUUUGAAAUUGGAAACUUAACUAGUUUAAUAAGUCUCGACCUUUCUUAUAAUUCACUUUCGGGUCCCAUACCUAUUGAGAUUGGAAAACUUUCCAACUUAAAGGAUUUAUACUUAAGGGAAAACUCUCGAAUUACCAUUUCAUUAGACUAUGACUCGAUCCCUUCUUUUCAAUUAGAAAGCCUUGACUUGGCAUCUUGUACAGCAGUGGGUCCUUGGUUUCCACAAUGGCUCCACUCACAGAAAUCCAUGUCUGAGUUGAGUUUGUCCAAUACAAGCAUUAAUGACAUCCUACCUCAUUGGUUUUGGAAUUCAUCUUCUUCCACCUUUUUGUAUAUUGAUCUCUCUCACAAUAAGCUUAGGGGUACUUUGCCAUCAUCGAUCGAGGUCAUACCAAGCAUUAACAAUAUAAAUCUACGUAAUAAUUGUUGGACCCCGUCAUCCUACUUAAUCCUUUCGAAUAAUCAUUUCAAUGGGUGCAUACCAUCUUUCAUUUGCAAAUCGGAGCAAUUAGAGGGUUUGGAUUUAUCCUACAACAAAUUAUCCGGAGAGAUACCCAAGUGUUGGCAAGAAGCAAAUACGAACCUUUACUUUAUUCACUUGGGAAACAAUAAGCUCACCGGUGAAAUUCCUAGCUCCAUUGGAAACUUGAUUGGAUUGGAGUCUUUGCAUUUGGACAAUAAUGAUCUCAGUGGACAACUUCCAAUGUCAUUACAAAAUUACAGUAAACUACAUGUCAUUGAUCUCACGGGCAACAACUUUUUAGGAAGGAUACCUAUGUGGAUGGGACAAAGUUUGCAACAAUUGACUAUUCUCAUAUUACGGUCAAAUAUGUUUUCUGGCAUUAUUCCUUCAAAUCUCGGAGAACUGAGCAAUCUUCAUGUUCUUGACCUUGCCAAUAACAAUUUUGGAGGAUCUAUACCAUAUUCCUUUGGCAAUUUCAAUGCAAUAAGAUUGACAUCAAGAGCAACCGAUGACACAAUUUCAAUUGAAGGAUCAAUUUCAAUUAGAGUAUCAGCCGAAUAUUUUGAAUUUGGAGAAAGUGAUAGUGUAUCAAUAGUUACAAAGGGAUAUAAAUAUAGAUUUUCAUCUAUUCUCUAUUUGGUGAAGAUUAUAGAUCUUUCAAGCAAUAAUCUUACGGGUGAGUUUCCUACGACAUUAGGAUCUCUUGUAGGACUUCAAACUUUGAAUUUGUCAAGGAACUUUUUAAAAGGCUGGAUUCCAGAUACUAUUGGUGGAAUGAAGUCAUUGGAAACAUUGGAUUUGUCAUUCAACAACUUAUCAGGUGUUAUUCCUCAAGAUUUGUUAAGAUUGAAUGCUUUGGACCAUUUAAACCUUUCUUACAAUAAUUUGUCAGGGGAUAUUCCUUCCGGAUUUCAACUUCAAACACUUCUUGAUGCUUCCAUUUAUAUGGGCAAUGCUUAUCUUUGUGGGGAUUUGAUUAAUAAGAGUUGCUCUAAUGAUGUCGACAACGAUGUGACAAAGGAAGAGUUGCAAAAGAGAAAAGAUGCAAGUCCCUUGGUUAAUAAUAUGGAGAAUAAAGAAAAGAAGACUGAUGCAGUACAAACUAACAUAACAGAGACGUGA